CACAGGAAGUACAUGAACCAGUGCUUCUGUCCGUACUGUUGACAUUAGAAAACAACGAUGGCACAGUGUUUGAGACCACAGAGUUCAGUUUUGCCGUAGCUGCCACACUAUGCUCUCACUUUGGAGCAACUCGCUGCCGUCAGAAGCAAAUAUUGCGGCUUUUAUCGUCUUAGUCAUUGUGUAUUAUUUACUUCAAUUCCACCUCAAACGACGCCACCUAGCAAACCUCCCUCCCGGUCCGAAACCUUGGCCGAUAGUGGGCAACUAUGGCGCCUUUCUCAUCCCGUCUUUUAUUAGAAGGCGGUUCGGGAAGGCGUCGAACGGCGCUGCCACGACACCCGUGAUCGGGUUAACGGAACAAGCCGCCGUGUACGGUAACGUCUUCAGCUUGUUUGUGGGCAGCCAACUGAUUGUGGUGCUGAACGGCUGUGACGUCAUCAGGGAUGCCCUGCUCAACCACCCGGAAGUGUUCUCAGACAGGCCGGAUAUCCCUACGGUGACGCUCAUGACCAAACGCAAAGGAAUAGUCUUUGCACCAUAUGGACCAGUAUGGAGAAAACAUCGCAAGUUCUGCCACGCGUCACUGCGGACCUUCGGCCUGGGGAAGCUGAGUUUGGAGCCGUGCAUCCUUCAAGGCUUGGCCACCGUCAAAAGUGAGCUGCUGCGACUACAAGAGAAGAAGGCUGCUGUGGACUUGACUCCGCUCAUAAGCAACGCCGUCUCCAAUGUAAUUUGCUCCCUCGCCUUGGGACAACGCUUCCACCACGACGACCGCCAGUUCGGCGCCCUGCUGGCCCUAAUGAUGCGAGGCCUGGAGCUUUGUGUCAACAGCCCCGCCAUCCUCAUCAACAUCUUCCCACUGCUUUACCACUUGCCCUUUGGAGUCUUCAAGGAGCUCCGCCAGGUGGAGGGCGACAUCACGGCGUUCCUGAAGAGGAUUAUUGCCAAGCACCGGGACACGCUGGACCCAGGGAAUCCUAGGGAUCUUGUGGACAUGUACUUAGUGGAGAUGUUGGCUCAGAGGGAUGCCGGAGUGGAGGACAGCAGCUUUAGUGAAGACUACCUCUUCUACAUCAUUGGAGAUCUUUUUAUAGCAGGCACUGACACAACCACCAACUCUGUCCUGUGGGUCCUCCUCUACAUGGUCGUACAUCCUGACGUCCAAAAGAAAGUCCAAACAGAGCUGGACAAGGUCGUGGGAAGACACCGUGUCCCAUCUUUGACAGACAGGGGAUGUUUGCCCUUCACAGAGGCCACCAUCAUGGAGGUCCAGCGGCUGACCUCUGUGGUUCCUCUGGGAAUUCCACACAUGGCGUCCAAGACCACAGACUUCCGAGGUUACACCAUUCCACAAGGAACAGUUAUUUUGCCCAAUCUGUGGUCCGCUCAUCGAGACCCCACUGUUUGGGACGACCCUGACAGCUUCAAGCCGGAGCGCUUCCUGGAUGACCACGGGAAGUUGGUCAGGAAAGAUUGCUUCAUGCCAUUUGGGAUCGACAGGUCGCAGGGUGUGCAUGGGGGAGCAGCUGGCCAAGAUGGAGCUCUUCCUCAUGGUCACCAGCUUACUGCAAGCCUUUACAUUCAGACUCCCGGAGGGAACGCCGCCUCCUCCCAUGCACGGACGCUUCGGACUGACACUGGCGCCAUGCCCCUUUUCUGUGUCUGUGAGCCCUCGACUAGAGAUGACGCUGGGAUACCGAGACAGUCGUAAUGAUGUGCAGGACAUUUAAUUAAGU